GUUGCCUUCGCAACUACAGUUUCAGCGCUCAAUUGUCUCCCUCACCAAACAAGGAAAGAAGCAGUAACAUCCGGUCCAGAGGAAUGCACCCGCGAGAAUCUUGCUGAAGUUUGCUGUUUCUGAAAUGGCCACCGGGACUGUUGGAAAUUACAGGAAUGGGUCGCACAGGAGCUCUCUCAAGGCAAAUGCAACGGAUAGGCCCUUCUCUGUGAACCCCAACCCUUCAAAGCCUGUUUUGAGAAACAAGUCGGGUUCUGCUGCUGCCUCUGGGAUCCGCAAGAGCUGCCCUGCUUCCCUUGGCGGCUCACAGGGUGCUGCCAAACACGAUGCUGGAGUUCCUGGGAGAGUUCGAGUAGCAGUAAGAUUGCGCCCUCAAAAUGCAGAGGAGUUGGUGGCUGAUGCUGACUUUGCUGAUUGUGUAGAAUUACAGCCAGAGCUUAAAAGGUUAAAACUUCGGAAAAACAAUUGGGAUUCAGACACUUACGAGUUUGAUGAAGUUCUUACUGAGUUUGCAUCACAAAAGCGUGUUUAUGAAGUUGUUGCAAAGCCUGUUGUGGAGAGUGUUUUGGAUGGUUACAAUGGGACAGUCAUGGCAUAUGGACAGACUGGUACUGGAAAGACAUAUACUCUUGGACGACUUGGAGAGGAAGAUACGGCUGAUCGUGGAAUAAUGGUCCGCGCAAUGGAGGAUAUUUUAGCCGAUAUUUCUCUUGAUAAGGAUACUAUCUCAAUCUCCUAUUUGCAGCUCUAUAUGGAGACCAUACAGGAUCUUCUUGAUCCUACUAAUGAUAACAUUUCCAUUGUGGAAGACCCAAAAACUGGAGAUGUUUCACUCCCUGGGGCUACCAUUGUAGAAAUAAGAGAUCAACAGAGCUUUGUGGAAUUACUACGCUUAGGAGAAGCUCACCGCUUUGCAGCAAACACAAAAUUGAACACUGAAUCUUCUCGUAGUCACGCUAUCUUGAUGGUACAGGUCAAGAGAUCUAUCAAGGGAAGGGAACAGGGUCUACCUGGUGAAAAUGGUAACAGUUUCCAUAUGGUUAAAUCUCUUAAGCCUCCUAUUAUUCGGAAGGGCAAGCUGGUAGUUGUAGAUCUAGCUGGUUCUGAGCGCAUUGACAAGUCAGGGAGCGAAGGGCACAUGCUGGAGGAAGCCAAAUCUAUUAAUCUCUCUCUGAGUGCACUGGGGAAGUGCAUUAAUGCACUGGCAGAGAAUAGUUCUCAUGUUCCAGUUCGUGAUUCAAAAUUGACUAGGCUGCUUCGUGAUUCUUUUGGAGGCAGUGCAAGAACAUCAUUGGUUAUAACUAUUGGUCCAUCUCCUCGUCAUCGUGGAGAGACAGCGAGUACAAUAAUGUUUGGACAGAGGGCCAUGAGGGUGGAAAACAUGUUGAAAUUAAAAGAAGAAUUCGAUUACAAAAGUUUGGCUAGAAGGCUAGACAUCCAGUCAGAUAAACUGACUAUGGAGCAUGAGAGAAAGCAGAAAGCAUUGGAACAUGAAAUUGAAAGAAUAAAAACAGAAGCAAAAAGCAGAAUGGUUGAGGCUGAAAGAAACUAUGUGGAUGCAUUGGAGAGGGAAAGUUUGAAGUAUCAAAAGGACUAUAUGGAGUCAAUAAAAAAGCUAGAGGAGAAAUUGGUGAUGAAUCAGCAAAAGCAGGGCUGUGAACGAAGGAUUGUUGUGCUCCAAGAUGGCAAUGAUAUUAUUUCCAAUGGAAAGGAUCACAUGGUAUCAACCGCUGAAGUAGCAGAAAUGAAAAGGUUACUUCAGAAAGAAACUUCACUAAGGAAGGCUGCAGAUGAGGAAGUCAAUAAUCUUAAAAAUAAAAUAAAUGAAAUGAAAAAGUCAAAGGAAUCAGAAAUGUCUGAGACAUUAAAACUUCGAAAGAUGCUGGAAGAUGAGGCAAGUCAAAAAGAGAAACUUGAGGGGGAAAUUGCAAUGCUGCAGAGACAGUUAUUGAACUUAAGUUCUGAAGCUGAUGAGACUCGAAGGAGGCUUGACAAAGGUGGGUCUGGGAAAUUUUCUGGUGGUCUAGAGUCUCUCAUGUCUCAAGUUAGGCAUCCACAACCAAGAGAUUCAGGAAGUGGAGAUAAGACCUCAGUAGCCAAACUCUUUGAACAAGUUGGAUUGCAAAAGAUAUUAUCACUGCUUGAAGCAGAAGAUGCUGAUGUGCGGAUUCAUGCAGUGAAAGUGGUAGCAAAUCUGGCUGCUGAAGAAGGAAAUCAGCAGAAGAUUGUAGAAGCCGGUGGUCUUACAUCCUUGCUGAUGCUGCUUAGAAGCUCUGAGGAUGAGACUAUACAUAGGGUGGCAGCAGGUGCAGUUGCCAAUCUUGCAAUGAAUGAAACCAAUCAGGAACUCAUAAUGGCACAAGGGGGCAUUAGGUUGUUGUCAAUGACAGCAGCCCAAGCUGGAGAUCCCCAAACCCUGAGGAUGAUUGCUGGAGCCAUAGCCAAUCUCUGUGGAAACGAUAAGCUGCAAACAAAACUAAGAGAUGAAGGAGGUAUCAAGGCUUUGCUGGGAAUGGUCAGAUGUGGACACCCUGACGUUCUUGCACAGGUUGCUCGUGGAAUUGCAAACUUUGCUAAAUGUGAGUCAAGGGCAUCAACUCAAGGAAAUAAAACUGGAAGGUCUUUGCUGAUUGAGGAUGGAGCACUUCCAUGGAUUGUACAGAAUGCCACUAAUGAAGCCUCAGCAGUCCGGCGUCAUAUUGAGCUGGCACUCUGCCACUUAGCACAACAUGAAGUGAAUGCAAAAGACAUGAUCAGCGGAGGUGCAUUGUGGAACCUGGUUCGCAUCUCGCGAGACUGUUCACGAGAAGACAUAAGGGCUCUUGCACAUCGGACACUUGCUUCUAGCCCCACCCUCAUGGCAGAAUUGAGGCAGCUACGAAUAGACUAUUAAUGAAAUUACAGGAAAACUAAUAUCCCAUACAUGCAAGCAAAAUGUCAGCUUAUAAACUCAGGCAGAGAGAUAUCAUAUUUUCCUCAGCUAACAGGAGUGCUAGGAGACUUCAGCCUUCUUGCCAAAGUUUUGCCAUGAAGUAGGCUGCUCCAGAUAUGUACGCACGUAGUUCAUUACUUGAUUACAUCCAGAAUCUCUAAUUUAUUAAUCAACUUCUUGUUAUGUAAUCUCCAUUUAGUAUCGUGUAUAAGACCUGCUGCCGUUUAUAAUUGUGUGUAUAAACUUGUGUGUGUGUAUAUAUAUAUAUAUAUAAUGAAUUUUGGAGAGACCA